UAGACGCUGCUGUUCAUUUGCUAAUUUUUCACAAUUUCUGUGGGUUAUGAAAACUUCGGCUGAAUAGCGUCUCAGAUUCACCUUCGGUAGACCAGAAAGCUGCAUUGCCAUGUUCCUGACGCUAGCAUUAUUUCGGAAGGGGAUUCCAGGGAAGCAGUGGAUCGGAAAGUACCGGCGUCCACGGCCAGUUACCUGGCAGAUGAAACGGAACAUGCUUGUUCACUUGGAGAGAGAGGCGGAGAACGAGUACUGGCUCAGUCGUCCAUACAUGAAUCUGGAACAGGAGCGCGGCCACGCAGCACAGAGACGGAACAUGAUGUGGAUGAAGAUCAAAGCUGAGAGACAGGCUAAAUUCCCUGAACACAAAUACAUUGCAGACCACUUAAAUCACCUCAACACCACCAAAACCUGGUCCAGUUAACCCGCUCCACUUCAAAGCCUUGUCCACUUCACCCUGAAUUCUCAUCGGGACUCAUUUAGUGAAAUAAAAGUAAUAAUGAUUCAUAACUGAGUGAACAGAACUGAUGUGUUUAGGUUCUUUCUGUCUUGAUGCUGUCAUAAUGUGAGUGUGUUUUUGGUAUUUUUGUUGUGAAGGAUUUGAAGAGACUCUAAAACAUUUCAAAAGUAAUUAAUUUCUGUGUUAUUGGCUAAUAAGACAUGAAAAGACGCUCUUCCACAUUAAAAAAAAUGUGAGUGUUA